CCCGAGGGAGCUCGUUUUGUUCUCGGAGACCAAGCAGAGCCAAUCUGAACGUUUCUCAACUUCUGGGAUACAGACGGUGUUCUUGUCCAAUCAGAAAGUCAAGCUGUUCGCCCCGGCCUCUUCGCAUUACGGAAGUCAUCUUCCAUCGAAUCCAAGGCUGGAUGAGGAGCCAAUUGCCAAUGGAAGAAAGGGGCGGUGCAUCUAGCACGUGGGUCGGUGGCCAAUGAGAGGUGUGGAAGGUGACGUUGUAGCCAUGGCGGCUGCGGCUGGCCCGGGAGGAGACGUGUCCGGCGCCCGGUAGUGGCGGCGGUUCGCCCCCGGAGCCCAGAGCAGCGACCCUGUUCGUGCCCACCACGCCCGCGGCAGGAGGCACCUCUCUCAUGGCUUAUCACUCGGGCUACGGAGCCCAAGGCUCCAAGCACCGGGCCAGGGCGGCCCCGGAAGCGCCCCCACUCUUCGAUGACACCAGCCGGGGGUACCCGGCGCAGCCCGGCGCCUACUCGUCCCAGGGCGCGGAUGUGGCCUUCAACGUCCACCAGCUGCUCGACGACCCCGUGGCCAACAUGGCCAUGUCGUACGGCAGCUCCAUCGCCUCCCAGGGCAAAGACAUGAUGCACAAGGAGCUCCACAGGUUCGUCUCUGUGAACAAGCUCAAACACUUCUUCGCGGUGGACACGUCCUACGUGGCCAAGAAGCUGGGCCUGCUCGUCUUCCCGUACACGCACCAGAACUGGGAGGUCCAGUACAGCCGGGACGUGCCGCUGCCCCCUCGGCAGGACCUCAACGCCCCCGACCUCUACAUCCCCACGAUGGCCUUCAUCACAUACAUCCUCUUGGCCGGGAUGGCGCUGGGGAUUCAGAAAAGGUUUUCCCCCGAGGUGCUCGGCCUGUGUGCCAGCACAGCCCUGGUGUGGGUGGUCAUCGAGGUUCUGGCUCUGCUCCUCGGCCUCUACCUGGCCACUGUCCGGAGUGACCUGAGCACCUUCCAUCUGCUCGCGUACAGCGGCUACAAAUACGUGGGGAUGAUCCUGAGUGUGCUCACGGGGCUGCUCUUCGGCAGUGACGGCUACUACGUGGCCCUCGCCUGGACGUCCGCCGCCCUCAUGUAUUUCAUAGUGCGGUCGCUCCGGAUGAGCUCCGUGGGCACCGACGGGGUGGGGGGCCCGGCCCCCCGGCAGCGCCUCCAGCUCUACCUGACCCUGGCCGCGGCCGCCUUCCAGCCCCUCAUCAUCUACUGGCUCACCUUCCACCUGGUCCGGUGACCCAGCAAGAUGCCGACGGCUUCCCCUUACAUUGGAGAUCGGAAUUGCUUCAGCCACAGCCGCCCCUCAUUGCUGGCAAGCGAGAGCUGCCCAGGCCCCGAGAGGGACAGGCAGGAGCCCCUGCAGCCCGGGCGGGAGGGGGCAGCGGCGGCUCGGCCACCCCCAGACUUGUGUGGCCAGAGAGGCCCCGGCCAGGCCCGCUGCCCAGGAGGCCAACGUUGCUGCGGCCUCGAGUUAAAGCUUGCCAAGUGCUUUACA